GAAGAAGACGUCAAGGACAAACUGAGCAGCAUCUCUUUCGGUACAUUGUCGAGAGCACAGGAGUCCAUCUCGAAAAAGCGCAAAAGACCCGCAGGAGACGACACUGAGAAAGAAGACAAACUGGAAGCUCUCCGCGCUCGCCUGCGAGAGCUGAGGGGAUCAACAGGAGCCGAGCCCGCCCCCAAGAAGAACAAGAAGGACAAGAAGGAAGCAGAGAAAUCCACCACCAAACCCGCAGCAAACAAGUCACGGUCAACAAAGGACGCCAGCGACGACAGUGAUAGCGAUUCGGACGAGGAUGGCGCUCCGCAUGCCCGUAGCUCCAAACACGCCCCCAUGGCACAAGCAUCCAACAGACAGGUCACCCGAAAGCGCCAGGUCAUUGAUGUACCUAAGAUUCAAGUUCGCGACCCUCGCUUCGGUCCACUAGGUGGCCCCGUGGACGAUACUGCCCUUGCAAAAAAGUACUCCUUCAUCAACGACUACCAGGACUCGGAGAUGGCCGAACUCAAGGCUGCCAUCAAGAAGAGCAAGAACGAAGAUGACAAGGCCGUCCUCAAGCGCAAGCUGCUCAGCAUGGAAAGCAAGAAGAAGGCGCGUGAGAACAAGGAAAGAGAACAGGAAGUGAUACGCGAGCACCGCAAGAAGGAGAAGGAAGCCAUUGCACAGGGCAAGAACCCCUUCUACCUGAAGAAGUCGGACCAAAAGCAACAGGCCUUGGUCAACAAGUUCGACAGCAUGAAGUCCAAGGACAGAGAGAGACUCAUCGAGAGACGCAGAAAGAAGGUCUCGCAAAAGGAGAAGAAGAACAUGCCCGCUCCCAGA